AUGGAUUGCACCUUGUGUCUUGAGAAGAAUUGGAAAUAUGAUGUGUUUGUGAGUUUUAGAGGGGAGACUCGCUUCAAUUUCACCGAUCAUCUUUAUGCUGCUCUCCGCAGACACGGCAUGGUUGCCUUUAGGGAUGAUACUAGGCUCCAGAAAGGAGGACCUAUAUCAGCAGGGCUUCUGCAAUCUAUUGAAGGAUCACAGGUUCUGAUUGUUGUCUUCUCUAUCAACUAUGCUUCUUCCACAUGGUGCUUGCAAGAACUGGCAAAGAUAGCUGAUUACAUGAACAUACCGGGACACCGUGUUCUGCCUGUUUUUUGUGAUGUGAGUCCAUCUGAGGUGAGAAAGCAAAGUGGAAAUUACGAAAAAGCCUUUGUGGAACACGAAGAAAGAUUCAAAGAAGAUGCGGAGAUGAUGGAGCAAGUGCGAAGAUGGAGGGAGCGUCUCUUCUUUCUUUACAAAUGA